UAGCAGCCGGUGGCGUAAACAAAAUGCGGAGCGUUUUAAUGAAGCGCUAGCUAGCAAAGUGGCUAAUAAAGUUUAUUAAAUAGAGCUGUAUACGUUUAAAAAAGGACUCCUUUUUGUUUUUUUUGAAAUAUUCAAAUAUUAAAAGAUAUAUGUAUAUAUUUAUAAGCUAUCGAAAGUUGCUAACAUUUAGCUAGCUAGCAUAUUUAGCAUUGUGUGCAAUUAGCCGAAUGGUAUGGGAUGUAGCUAGUUAGCUGACUAAGUCUAACCAGGUUGAAGUAAAGUAUUUAAGUAAAGAUGCUCUGGGAUUUUAGAAUGAGCUCUACCUGGUUGGUUAACUCGCUAUAAAGGAUGCCGGCGCUGUUUAUCUCCGCUAGUUAACCCUGAGGUUGAACAGGUUAACUAACUGUCAGAGAGGUGACUUUUCCAGGUCCAUGUGUUUGGACUGUGAUGUUCAGUCUGAUGGCGAACUGCUGCAGCUGGCUGAAACGCUGGAGAGAGCCUGCCAGGAAGGUGACGCUGGUGAUGGUGGGACUGGACAAUGCUGGGAAAACCGCCACAGUACGGGGCAUCCAGGGAGAGAGUCCUCUGGAUGUGGCCCCUACAGUCGGCUUCUCCAAAGUGGAUCUGAAGCAGGGCAAGUUCGAGGUCACGAUCUUUGACCUCGGUGGAGGGAAGCGGAUCCGCGGCAUCUGGAAGAACUACUACUCCGAAUCGUACGGUGUGGUGUUCGUGGUGGACUCAAGUGACGUACAGAGGAUCCAGGAGACCAGAGACACCAUGGCAGAAGUGCUGCGUCACCCUCGCAUCGCCGGCAAGCCCGUGCUAGUGUUGGCCAACAAGCAGGACCGAGACGGAGCGAUGGCUGAAGCGGACAUCAUCGAGAGCCUGUCACUGGAAAAGCUUGUCAACGAGAACAAGUGUCUGUGUCAGAUUGAGCCAUGUUCAGCUAUCCUGGGCUACGGUAAGAAGAUCGACAAGUCCAUCAAGAACGGCCUGAACUGGCUCCUGAAUAACAUCGCCAAGGACUACGAGGCGAUCACAGAGCGUGUUCAGAGAGACACGGCUGAGCAGCGUGUACAGGAGGAGCAGGAUAAGAAGGAGAGAGCAGAGCGAGUUAAACGCAUCCGAGAGGAGAGAGACAGACAAGAGCGUGAAGAGGCGGAGAAAGCAGGCAGGCAGAUAAAGGAGGAGGAGUCGGAGGAUGCCGAUAUGUCCAACCCAUUCCAGCCAAUAAACCAUAUUGUUGCAGUGAAUGAGAACAAGCUGAAAAAAGAAAUGGAGACGAAGAGGCAGGGAGAAGAGGUCGAGCAGGACGGUGUCCUGGAGCCAAAGAGCAGACAGGAGGACGAUGAGGAGGAGGAAGAACAGGAAGAGGAAGAGAGUGAGCGACAGACACCGGAGAGCCCAGAAUCAGGUCCAGCAGACGAGACCAAAAAGAAGAUCAAGAAAAUACGGCUGAAGCGGAAAAACCGAGUCGACCCUCUCGUCAUGGACGACGCAGCCAAGAGCCCGACUCCUCCACCCGCACCUGUUGGAUGGGCUACUCCCAAAGUUUCUAGACUCCCCAAGCUCGACCCUCUUGGAGAUACAAGGCGUUCUGAUUUCUAUGGCAAGCCCCUCCCACCUGUAGCAAUUAGACAGAGACCAAACGGUGAAACCCAUGAUGUCAUUUCCUAGCCCCUCCUCCUCCUCCUCCUCCUUUUCCUGAUAUGGUUCGAGAUGCCUCGUCUCCGCCAAUCACGUUUUUGUUUUAUUGUUUUUUUUUCUCUCAUCUCCAAGCCCGUGCUGUGUAAAUACGCAACAAUCACCAGCCAGUGUCUGCGAGAGGAACCAAUCAGCUUGCUCAGAGGGAUCAUGUGACCAGCCAAGGAUGGGAAUCCGACAGAAACUCGUGGUUUAUUUUAAACUUUCAGCAAUGACUGACUGAAUUUGGAUCUACAUAAUAAUAAUAAUAAUAGUAAUCGAGACAUUUUAUUUUUCCACUAAACAAAGAAGCGUUAUAAUGUUCAUCAAACUGUCAAUGUAUAAAUCUUUUUUUAUUUUUCAACUGAAUCACAGAACUGUGAAAUCCGCUCUGUUUGAAACAGGAGAUAUUAGUGUGUGUGUAUAUUAAAUAACACUACGACUGUGCUGAACAGACACUGGUGCAGAAAUCGUGCUCACUCGUGCACAAGCUGUUGUGAUUAAAAGCUUCGAACACCGUGAAGGCUUGUGCAUGAGCAUGUAAUGAAGAAAUGUACUGGUAUUUUAUAUCAUUUCCAGCCUGCUCAUGUUUAAUAUUUCUGUACAGUUUUGAAAGCGAACACUUUAUUUUUUCAGGAUUUUGCUGGUCCACAGGCCGACCACAACUUCCGCGAGCUCACCAGCAGUUAACCACAACGUUUAGUUCAAGGAAAAAAUUACUUCUGAUAUUAAUCUUUAUAAUUAAUAUCCAGCAUCCAAGCUUUAUUUUGUAAUUGAGUUGUCUCCAAGUUUAACCUUCUUUUAUCAUGUUCCGUUUUCCUAAGUUACCCACAAUGCCAUUUGACGACAUGCUGAUCACGGUAACAGCUCUGGCUUCAUCUCUACCUAAAGAGAGCGAUGUACAGUAGUGGUACUUUAGUCCAUCCAGCUCUGUCACCACCUCAUAAAUAGAUCAGCGUUUAUGUUCCUACGGCAUUCUCGUCCCUUUCGAGUCCUCUCACUCGCUGAGCGUAGGUCAUUGCAUUCUUGGACUUUUUGAGUCCAAGAUUUUGCACCAGCAUCUCCACUACUUAAUAAAUAUUAUGCACUACAAAAGAAAGUCCCUUUAAAGGUGAUACAGUUCCUGGAGCUCUUAAUGAAAAAUCUGUGGCAUGUUUGAUCCACAAGGAUAAAGCCCCACAGCUCCCUUCUCACCCUGUCUAAACAGCCCUGUUUAAAACGGCUGAUUUGAGGAACCUUUAAAUGAUGGAGCCACUGCUCACCCAGCCCCUUCUUCCAGUGGCCAAUCAGGUAGCACUUGGUCAUGAAUAUUCAUUCGCCAAGGCAGUUCUCAAGCCGAUGAGAAUUCGGGAUAAUUCUAACGAAAUAGGAGCUCAAAAGAAACUGACUGGGCGUCUUAUUUCAGAGUUUGUGGGUUGGUGGCUCAAGAUGCCCACGUUUAUAAGGACACGCGAGUUUUUCACAAUCCUUGACUUGCAAGUGACGUCAAAGCAAAAUAGAAACCCGGAUGUCGGCCAUGUUGGUGGAUAUACAAAUGCGGGGGUCAAGCGACAUUCCGUACAAAACAGUCACACGUGCGCAAAUCUUUGUUUUUGCACUGCUUUUAAGCAUUAAUCUUUGUGCUGUAUACGUAUAUUUGUGGUCACAACAGUACUCGUGACCGUGGCACGUUCCGUUUUUUAAAAUUCCGUCCUUGAUUCGGAAAGAGGUAGCCUGGGAAAUCCCAUGCUGCUUUGCACAAUCGUUCCGAUCUGAAAAGACAGCAUGGAAACUAUGGUCUAAAGGCUCGCCUGAGUUAGGGAGCCAAUCAGAGAGUGGGGAGGGGUGGAAAGACGGUGACGCGUACUACUCGACAAACGGAAGCUUGUAGUUUAUUUGGGACUGUUUACGGAUCAUAUUUAACAUGGCGGCGAGCGAUACGAACCAAACUUUCGAUCAAGCUUUAGACACUGUUCUGAAUAGUUUAGAGCGAAAGUUUGUUUUAAAAAAGAACAGCGUUUGGCGUUACAGUCUUUCUUCGCCUCUUCGUCGCUCUAACUACGUCACCGGGUACAACUGCCAUGAUUGGCCAUGGGCUACGUAUACGCCAAAUGAUAGACAUUCGCAACGUCCAAUAAACGGCCGUUGACAAUCGUAAACCACACCUCCCCUACGAUCUUCGUCGCUCUAACUACGUCACCGGGUACAACUGCCAUGAUUGGCCAUGGGCUACGUAUACGCCAAAUGAUAGACAUUUGCAACGUCCAAUAAACGGCCGUUGACAAUCGUAAACCACACCUCCCCUACGAGAAAUUCAAUAGGCGGAUUCCAGACCAUAUUUCACUUGUGAUAUGGUCUGGUGUUAACGAGACUAGGAAAGAGGGCGAGGAAACUCUGAGGCUUAGUACGGAGAGGAGACGAGCACGGCUGAACAACAUCGGCAGGGCUGAUCUAACCGAGGCGAAAACCAAAACAGCUCGUGUUUGCAGGACUCAUUUCAUCUCCAGUGAGAUUCAAAAGCUUUCUCGGUGAAAUCCUGGAAGAAUUUUAUUUCGUAUUGCUAGAAUUUUGCUAUAAAAUGAGCGCUCUGUUGUCGUGGUUCACUCGGUUGUUGUUAUUUUAGUGGUUGACCUGAAAUAAAUUGAAGUGUGAUUUGUGAGCUAUAAAGCGAGAGAAUUGUCAAUUUCACACUUCGUCUGUUUACACACAGUAGUAAACUAAAUGCAAAACAAGCCCUAACUUACCCUUGCAAGCACAACUGCUUUGUCAUCGUUGACUGGUUUAAUUAAUACCAUAUUUACCCAUCCAGAGACAACAAAGUUAUCGGCUUCCAUGGACUUGUAAGCCUUCAUUUGAGAUUUGUCGACCCACGAAGUCCGCCAAACCAGAUAGAACGCAAUAUCUGGGUACUCAAUGGUCAGCGUCUUAACCUCAGAAAAAUCCGACUUUUUAAAAAUAAUAUGGGUCAAAACCACACACAUCCAUCUUCGGUCGACCGUUCAAAUCGUGGUAAUGGUGAGAAAAUUCAACAUUGUUUACAGACACGCUUUCAGCGGCUGCCGUCCUAGUUGCUUUGUAUAUCCACCAUCAUGGCGGAUGCUCAUGACGUAGCACGUUUUGAUCACAUGGUUGCAAGUCAUCUAUAUGUCCCAUUUAUGUUUGAAAUUUAUUCUCGUAUUGAACCCCAUUGUAACUGCACCAGCAGUGUUCUCCUGCCACAUUAUUGAGGUGCACAACGUCUCACAGAACCAACCAGCAAAUGAGCACCGUAUCGCUAAACGUAUCCCGGAUAUUUCAAUCAAAACACACUUGAUGAUGUGUUUCAGGGUGGAGUUUUCCUUUAGAGUAUUUUCCUGAUUGGAAACACAGUAGAAUUCUUCGCGUGCACAGGAAAGCAUUUCGUUUUCACUGGUUUAUAGAGGACACUUUAUGAACAACGUAUUUUGUUGUUAAGCCACAGCAUGUACCGGUACGGACUACAGCGUCAUGCUUUGUUUGAAAAGGGCAGUGUUUUUUUUGUUUUUUCCUCCUAAAUGUAGCAGUUGAGACCGUUACAGGUUAAAACGAUCGUUGAAAUCUUGUUCUGCAGAAACACAUUUCUCAAACCAUGACAUGUUCAAUUAAGCUGGAACAUUUAACACACAUGUUGAUUUCACAUUGGGGUAUGUUAAUUUUAGCACAGAUAUGUACUGUAUAAGGCAUAGGUAAGGUAUUUAUUUAGUUUUUCUUUUUAACCUUGUGUUUCCCUCAUGUAUUUGUUAACAUGUAUUAUUUUAUAUUUGACACUCCUGACUGAAUGAAUGUUUUUUUUUUUCCCCCCCAAGAAUAUUUCAUUUCAAAGAAGUAACACCUUUCCUUUUCUCCGUCACAUUCUCAUACCUUUUAUUACAUGCACUUUUUAUCCAUCUUGUUUUAAUAUGAAUGCAAUUAAAUGCAUAAAUAUUUUUUAUUCAUUUGGUGUCUGUUUUGAUAUUGA